GUUCAGAAGUGAGGAUGGACUCUUCUCCUGACAGAGGUCAAAAACAGCAACACGACGGGUCUACAGAUGGUCGCGAUAGCUUUGAAUUUGGGGACGAUGUAUUGAAAGAUGAAUGGAGCCUUGGAGAUGACGACGACGACGAAGAAGAAGACUUAAAGGCGAUGGUGGAAACCAUCCGGGACAAGGUUGAGCUGUCGGCACCCAGCAGCGCUCACAGACAGCUUUCAAUGCUGGAUUUUUUACGUAGUUUCCUUUCCCAACGCAACAUGACGGGGACGUUGGAGUGUUUCGAAACUGAAUGGGUCGAGCUGGGGCAGACGGGGGAGGUGGACCCGAGGUGGGCCGACCCGGUCCCGGAAGUGUACACCGAAAACCAGCGGUUGGCCGGAGAGCUGAAAAAUGCCGAGCGCGAGAAGGAGGAGUACAGGCGCGCGGCCUCCGCUGCAGCCGGAGCCCUGGAGAGGGUCCGGAGAGCCAGAGACGCCCACCGGCUGCAGCACCUACGGGUGGUGCAGGACAAGAACAGACUGAUCGAGGAAAUAAAAAGGCUGAAAGCGCAGUGUGACAGCUGCCAGGCUGCAGUGAAGAGGAUGAGUGAAAAAUACCAGGCGGUGUCGAAGCAGGUCCUGCAGGCGGUGAAGCAGCAGGGGGACGUCUCCUUAUCUCAGACCGUCCAUGAAAGCAAUGCUCAUUGAAAUAAAUGUGACUUCAUAAUGA